CAGGCCGCUUAAAAAAAAACCUAAUACCCUCCCAUCGCCUUCUGCAUCUCUGCAUCGGCUCCGAAAUUAGACGGCGCGUCGAAAUGGCGAAUCGCGAUGCUGACCUCGACCUCCUCCUCUCCCUCCGGGAAGAGAGGGUUUUGGAGACGCCGCCCGCUUCCCCAUCUUCUAAUCCGGCUCAACUUCCUGCAGGCUACAACUCUGAUGAUGAUUACCCGAGAAGGUCACGGACUGCUGACAUGUCGGUUUUCCGGGAUGUUGUCAAGGAUUACCUCGAUAUGAAUCCAGAGACGCUUGGUACAGGUCCCCCAAAAGCGAUCCAGCCACGAACCUCCUCCGAUGAAAUCGUGGUUGAUAAGUUCUCGGGACUUAGAAUUAGGGAAUCAUUGGUAGAUUCUAUUGCACUUGCUAAUCAUUUCUCAGAUGUUCGUUUUGUUCGCUUGCAUACUAUCAGGAAUUUGAUUAUGGGUGACAAACUUUCUGGAUGCUGGGCUACGGUUGGUGUCUUAACCGAACCUGGAAGUCCUAAAGUGAGCUCAACUGGGAAGAACUACUGCAUAUGGAAAAUGGGUUGCUUGAAUGAGACGGAUGUGUCAGUUUUCCUGUUCGGAGACGCAUACACCGUGAGCUGCAAGGAGAAAGUUGGGAUGGUAUUUGCACUUUUUAAUGCCUCAGUAAGGAGAGGAGCUGGGGCAAAAGAGUUCUAUUUGAGUGUUUAUUCAGCCAGUCAGAUGCUAAAGAUAGGGACCUCUGCUGAUUAUGGUAUAUGCAAAGGCAAAAGGAAAGAUGGGGUGGCUUGCACCAUGAUCAUAGAUAAACGUAAAGGAACAUAUUGCAAAUUCCAUUCAUCAAAAGCUUCACAACUGUAUGCUACAAAUCGCACUGAGCUUAGAGGCGGGAAUAUACAAAAUGCAUUUAAGCUUCAAUCAGAGGGAAUUUAUACAGUUGAUCCUUUUGCUGUGAAAUCAAGCUUGCGAAAGCCAGUGAAAGUAAUGUCUAUUGAUGGACUAAAAAGAGCUUUGAGUAAAGCGGAUAAAGUAACCACAAGCAGCCACUCUCAAGGAAUAAGGUUUCUCACGCAAGUCACUGCAAAGCAGGAACCAAAGAAUUCAAGCAAAGCAGCAUCCGUAUGUCAAAAUUCAAACAAGUAUAGCACUGAGAAAAGGUCAUCAUUAACAAAGGGAAAAAUAUCAACAACUACGCAAAACGAGCCACAGGCCAAGAAGAAGAAAGUUGAUCAUGCUGCUCAGAAUAUGAUUGAACUCGAUAUUAUUAGCUCGGACGAAGAACUAUGACAAGUCAUGGAGGGUUUGAACAAGUUCUACAGCUCAACUACCAGCUAAAAACACAAGCGGGCGUGUUUGGCAGAAAAAUGCGAAUGACCGUCGAGUCAUUUCGAGCCAGAUAUCGCGACACUAGGUUAUAAGUUGAGGGGGUGAAGUCGGGAGUCACCUUAUAGUUAUUUGUUUCCUUUUUUUUAAAAAUAUUUUUUGGUUUUUGGUCGAAGCUUUGGUUCUUUAUCUUGGGAAAUUUGUAGAUGAACGUGAUAUGAUGAUACAUGUACUGAAGAAAAUAUAAUAUUUGAGAAAA